GAAGCGGAAGGGGCGCGGACGGCUGCCGGGAAGGGAGAGAAGGAUGGAGUCCGUCGUCUUCAUCUUCUCGCUCAUUGAUUGCUGCGCCCUCAUCUUCCUCUCCGUCUACUUCAUAAUUACACUAUCGGAUUUGGAAUGUGACUACAUUAAUGCUAGAUCUUGCUGCUCAAAGCUGAAUAAAUGGGUGAUCCCAGAAUUGAUUGGCCAUACUGUUGUAACAGUAUUAAUGCUUAUUUCUUUGCACUGGUUCAUCUUCCUCCUUAAUUUCCCUGUAGCAACCUGGAAUAUAUAUCGGUACAUCAUGGUGCCAAGCGGGAACAUGGGGGUGUUUGACCCUACAGAGAUCCAUAAUCGAGGGCAACUGAAAUCACAUAUGAAGGAAGCCAUGAUUAAGUUAGGCUUUCACCUGCUUUGUUUCUUCAUGUACCUUUACAGUAUGAUCCUGGCUUUGAUAAAUGACUGAGGAGCUGAAGGGGGAACCAUUAGUUGCCAAAUUUUGAAUCAUCACUCCUGUGACCAGUUAUGGAGCCAGAGACACCUUCCAAGCAUACCUAGACCAGUGUUGUCAUGCACUAUAUUUUUUCCUCUUUGAACAAGAAAUAUUUUUGCUGUAUUUUUAACAUAAAAUACUUAAAAAAAAAAAAAAAAAAAAAAAAAAAAA